CGCGAGAGCGUCGUGUCCACGGGCCUGCUUGAUUGCCGCUUGCCGCUUGCCGCCUGCCGCCUGCCGCCGCCGCUGCUUCCGGCUGGAAGGGGACGACGCAGAGUGCAGAGUCAGCUGGGCAGCAGGAGGCGGAGGCGCGCGCGCGGGGAGCAGGACUUUGACACCAGCUGGACAGAAGAAGCCUAGUCCUGCACCGUUGGACUUGCUGCCAUGGGGAACAUAUUUGGCAACUUGCUGAAGAGCCUGAUUGGCAAAAAAGAGAUGCGAAUCCUUAUGGUGGGUCUUGAUGCUGCUGGGAAAACCACCAUCCUCUACAAGUUGAAACUGGGAGAGAUUGUCACCACUAUCCCUACUAUUGGGUUCAACGUUGAGACGGUUGAAUACAAGAACAUCAGCUUCACUGUAUGGGAUGUUGGUGGCCAGGACAAGAUACGGCCCCUCUGGCGACACUACUUUCAGAAUACUCAAGGCCUGAUUUUUGUAGUGGACAGCAAUGAUCGAGAACGAGUAAAUGAGGCACGUGAGGAACUGAUGAGAAUGCUGGCAGAGGAUGAGCUGCGAGAUGCCGUUCUCCUUGUCUUUGCUAACAAGCAGGACCUUCCCAACGCCAUGAAUGCGGCAGAAAUCACGGACAAGCUGGGCCUGCAUUCACUGCGCCAUCGUAACUGGUACAUCCAGGCCACCUGCGCCACCAGCGGAGAUGGCCUCUACGAGGGCUUAGAUUGGCUGGCCAACCAGCUGAAGAACAAGAAAUGAGUGCAGGAGGGAGGGUGGUGGGCUAAGCCCCUCACUGUUGGUUCUACUUUUGGGUUGAUCCCCUCCCUCCUGUCCUCCCCUGUCACACCCUUUCUUCCCUGUUGGGUUUGCUUUUCUUGCCGGCACCGGUUGCUGUUGGGAGGGGAGGGGGGUGGUUGGGGCUAACUUUUGAUUUUUCUCUCUCUCUCUCUUUUUCUCAUGUUCUGGUUCUGCCAGGAUUUUUUGCACGGUCUCUGUGUGUGCGCGUGCGUGUGUGAUAAAUAUAUAUAUAGAGAUAAUAAAAUAUAUGGGUGUGGUGGGAGGGUUGGGACAAGUGGGAGUUGGAUGCCAAUUCUGUGGCCUUUCUUUCUUUCUUUUCUUUCUUUUCUCUCUUUCUUUUUCUUCUUUUCCUCUCCCCUAUUGUUUAGUUGGAUCAAUUUUUGUAUUUUUGGUGGUCUGUGAAAUUUGGCUCUCUUUGUUCGGAGGUGACCAAUAUUCCUCAGUGGCAGCUGCUUCUUGCUUUUGUGUGCUGUUGGUGCAGGUUGGUGGAAAAUUUCUGUGUCACGAGGCCAGGAAUAAGGGAAAUGGUGUGUAGCCUCCACAUGUGCAAGGGCCGAGGGAGACAAUGAAGGAAGAAUUGGGGGGUGGGGGGGAGGAGUAGAAGGAUUUUAGAUUCCCCAGACUAGAGUAUGUAUUCUUGCUGUCCUUUCUGUAUUAGCUGGUUCCCCCUGUUGGUAUUAAUGAGAUUGCAAUCAUAUUGAACGUCCUGCUCUAUUUCUUGCUACCCAUUUUAUCAUUCUGUUCACAAUUUUAUUAGCGGCUCAUGCAGUUAGCUCUGUUAUGCUGCUGAUGAACGGGAUCAUUUGCAUUCCAACCUCUUAGACCAAAUGGCACUAGAGCCCUGAAUAAUGUAUCCUAAGCCAUGCAAAAAAAAUUUUUUUUUUCCUCUUCUCGACCCCUCCCUAAAAGGGGAUCAGCAUUGAUGGGCUGCUGCAGGAGAUUUUGGGACCAGUGGCUAUCAAAAGCUACCUGAGCAGAUGUUAAUGCCACCCUUGGCUACCUGGCCUGGACUUUCCAUCCAAGGGAUGUAUAUGCACGCCUGCAGGGGCAUCCCAGCUGCUAAAUGUUUCCACCAACCAACUUGCUAUUUCUCUUCCCCUUGGAACUCACAGAGGAGGGGGCUCUCUCAUGGCUGCCCUGUUGCAUGAUAUGACCCCAGUAGAGAACCCUCCCUUCCUCCCUCUGCCGCCCUUGGAUUUGUACUCUGGCCCAUAAAGGUUUCUUUUUCCCAUGCUGGGGGAAGUGGCAGAGUCGGGUUUUUCCCCUCCCUUGUUAAUUUUGGGGAGUAAUGAUUGUAUUAGGGUCAAGCCCAGGUCGCUGCAUGUAACGUUCGGGUCACUCCCUGCCUCUGGACAGUGUUGGUACUGUGUAUUCCCCUCCCCACUUCUGACAAAUGUGUAUUUAUUCCUCUUUUGCUCUCUCCUUGCCACUUCCCCCUCAAAACUUUAGCCGCCUUUGCUUGGUGUAAAGUGGUUUUCCUUUCCCCUUAGUUCUGAUUUCUUCAUACUUUGGGCCAUGGCUCCCUGUUUGUGUUUUUCUCGCCCCCCCCCCUUCUUUGAACAGUUGGAUGCACCACGACCUCUGUGCACUCCCAUUGGAUAUUAAACUCGUUUUAUGUA